GUUUCUAACUCAGAAUCGAUUGUCACUCUUUUUAAACCAUCUGGACCAUUUAAAAGUUGUUUCCCAUCAUGGUGAAUGCAUUUAUCGUCUUAGUAGCAGCUUGCAAGUGUGUGGUUUGGCAGUGCUGACACGUUCCUGUCGUCCUGGAGCCUUCCCGCUGCCCAUCUUCAAAAUGCUCCUCAUCUUGCCAAGAUGAUAAAGUUCCGUCCCUAUUAAACAACAGCCCCAGCCUCCCUCUGCCGCCCUUGUCUCCCACUCUCUAGGAAUGAGACACAGAAGGCCUGUAGACCCCUCAGUGUUUGUCCCUUUGGGACUGGCUCUUUCCUGUCACCUGUGUCCUCGUGGCUCACCUGUGCUGCAGAGAAAUGCCAGUAGCCUCGCACCUGCAGACCUGCGGACACUGAGCCUAACGAAUGGCCUGAAUGGCUUGCAUCUGGCCUCCAAGGAAGGCCACGUGAAGAUGGUGGUUGAACUUUUGCACAAAGAGAUCAUUCUAGAAACAACAACGAAGAAAGGGAAUACCGCUCUGCACAUCGCUGCCCUCGCUGGCCAGAACGAGGUGGUCCGGGAGCUGGUCAACUAUGGCGCCAACGUCAACGCCCAGUCCCAGAAAGGCUUCACACCCCUGUACAUGGCAGCACAAGAGAAUCACCUGGAAGUGGUGAAGUUCUUACUGGAAAAUGGAGCCAAUCAGAAUGUGGCCACAGAAGACGGCUUCACUCCACUGGCCGUGGCUCUGCAGCAGGGUCACGAGCACGUGGUGGCCCACCUCAUCAACUACGGAACAAGAGGCAAGGUGCGGCUCCCCGCCCUGCACAUCGCGGCCCGCAACGACGACACUCGGACGGCAGCCGUGCUGCUGCAGAACGACCCCAACCCAGACGUGCUCUCUAAGACGGGGUUCACCCCGCUCCACAUCGCCGCCCACUACGAGAACCUCAGCGUGGCCCAGCUCCUCCUGAACAGGGGUGCCAGCGUCAACUUCACCCCGAAGAAUGGCAUCACCCCACUGCACAUCGCCUCCCGCAGGGGAAACGUGAUCAUGGUGCGGCUCCUGCUGGACCGGGGGGCACAGAUAGAAACGAGGACCAAGGACGAAUUGACACCACUCCACUGUGCAGCUCGGAACGGGCAUGUGCGCAUCUCAGAGAUCCUGCUUGACCACGGGGCACCCAUCCAGGCCAAAACCAAGAAUGGCCUAUCCCCAAUUCACAUGGCGGCUCAGGGAGACCACCUCGACUGUGUCCGGCUUCUAUUGCAAUACAAUGCAGAGAUAGAUGACAUCACCCUGGACCACCUGACCCCGCUCCACGUGGCAGCACACUGCGGCCAUCACAGGGUGGCCAAGGUCCUUUUGGACAAAGGGGCCAAACCAAACUGCAGAGCCCUGAACGGCUUUACCCCCCUACACAUUGCCUGCAAGAAGAACCACAUCCGGGUCAUGGAGCUGCUGCUCAAGACGGGGGCUUCCAUCGAAGCAGUCACCGAGUCUGGCCUGACCCCUCUCCAUGUGGCCUCCUUCAUGGGCCACCUGCCCAUCGUGAAGAACCUCGUGCAGCGGGGGGCCUCCCCCAAUGCCUCCAACGUGAAAGUAGAGACCCCACUACACAUGGCAGCCAGAGCAGGGCACACAGAAGUGGCUAAAUAUCUGCUGCAGAACAAAGCCAAAGUCAACGCAAAGGCCAGGGACGACCAGACCCCCCUUCACUGUGCAGCUCGAAUUGGCCACACAAACAUGACACAGCUCCUGCUGGAAAAUAAUGCCAAUCCCAACCUGGCCACCACAGCCGGCCACACGCCCCUGCACAUUGCAGCCCGGGAGGGCCAUGUGGACACGGCCCUGGCCCUGCUGGAGAAAGAGGCGUCUCAGGCCUGCAUGACCAAGAAAGGAUUUACCCCUCUACACGUGGCAGCCAAGUAUGGGAAGGCACGGGUGGCCGAACUGCUGCUGGAGCACGGUGCCCAUGCGAAUGCUGCUGGCAAAAAUGGCCUCACACCCCUGCAUGUGGCUGUCCACCACGACAACCUGGACAUCGUGAAACUGCUGCUGCCCCGGGGCGGCUCCCCACACAGCCCUGCCUGGAACGGCUACACGCCCUUGCACAUCGCUGCCAAGCAGAACCAGAUGGAUGUGGCCCGCAGUCUGCUGCAGUACGGGGCGUCUGCAAAUGCAGAGUCGGUGCAGGGCGUGACUCCCCUCCACCUGGCUUCGCAGGAAGGCCACGCAGAGAUGGUGACACUGCUCCUCUCGAAGCAAGCCAACGGCAAUCUGGGGAACAAGAGUGGACUCACUCCCCUCCAUCUGGUGGCACAGGAAGGACACGUCCCAGUGGCAGAUGUGCUGAUCAAACAUGGUGUCACAGUGGAUGCCACCACCCGGAUGGGUUACACACCACUCCACGUGGCCAGCCACUAUGGAAACAUCAAGCUGGUGAAGUUUCUGCUGCAGCACCAGGCAGACGUCAAUGCCAAGACCAAGCUGGGGUACAGCCCCUUACACCAGGCGGCGCAGCAGGGACACACAGACAUCGUGACACUGCUGCUGAGGAGCGGCGCUUCCCCAAACGAGGUCAGCUCGAAUGGAACCACGCCUCUGGCAAUCGCCAAGCGUUUGGGCUACAUCUCUGUAAUAGACGUGCUCAGAGUCGUCACGGAUGAAAGCAGCCUAGUGUUAGCCGGUGAGAAGCCCCGGAUGAGCUACCCUGAGACUGUCGACGAGGUCCUGGACGUCUCUGAGGAUGAAGGGGAAGACCUCGUAGGCUCCAAGGCUGAGCGGCAGGAUUCCAGAGACGUGGAUGAAGAGAGGGAGCUACUGGACUUUGUGCCAAAGCUAGACCAGGUGGUGGAGUCCCCUGCCAUCCCGAGGAUCCCUUGCGUCACCCCUGAGAUGGUGCUGAUCAGGCCUGAGGAGCCGGAGCAGGCCUCUAAAGAGUAUGAUGAGGACUCGCUCAUCCCCAGCAGCCCAGCCACGGAGACCUCCGACAACAUCAGCCCAGUGGCCAGCCCUGUCCACACAGGAUUUCUAGUCAGCUUCAUGGUCGAUGCCCGGGGAGGCUCCAUGAGAGGAAGUCGCCACAAUGGCCUGAGGGUGGUGAUCCCGCCACGGACCUGUGCGGCGCCCACACGGAUCACCUGCCGCCUGGUGAAGCCCCAGAAGCUGAGCACACCGCCCCCACUGGCUGAGGAGGAGGGCCUGGCCAGCAGGAUCAUUGCCUUGGGGCCCACGGGCGCCCAGUUCCUGAGCCCUGUGAUUGUGGAGAUCCCCCACUUUGCCUCCUAUGGCCGAGGGGAUCGUGAGCUUGUGGUCCUGAGGAGCGAGAACGGCUCGGUGUGGAAGGAGCACAAGAGCCGCUACGGCGAGAACAGCCUGGACCAGAUCCUCGGCGGGAUGGAUGAGGAGCUGGGGAGCCUGGAGGAGCUGGAGAAGAAGAGGGUCUGUCGCAUCAUCACCACCGACUUCCCCUUGUACUUCGUGAUCAUGUCUCGGCUCUGCCAGGACUUCGACACCAUCGGGCCCGAGGGCGGCUCUCUGAAGAGCAAGCUGGUGCCCCUGGUGCAGGCAAUGUUCCCUGAAAAUGCCGUCACCAAGAAAGUGAAGCUGGCUCUGCAGGCCCAGCCUGUCCCAGACGAGCUGGUCACCAAGCUCCUGGGCAACCAGGCCACGUUCAGCCCCAUUGUCACUGUGGAACCACGGCGCCGGAAAUUCCACCGUCCCAUCGGACUUCGGAUCCCACUGCCUCCUUCAUGGACAGACAACCCCAGAGACAACGGGGAGGGAGACACCACCAGCCUGCGCCUGCUCUGCAGUGUCAUUGGUGGAACUGACCAAGCCCAGUGGGAAGAUAUCACGGGAACGACCAAGCUUGUGUACGCCAACGAGUGUGCCGACUUCACCACCAACGUCUCCGCCAGGUUUUGGCUGUCAGAUUGUCCAAGGACUGCAGAGGCUGUGAACUUCGCCACUCUGUUGUACAAGGAGCUGACCGCGGUGCCCUACAUGGCCAAGUUUGUCAUUUUCGCCAAGAUGAGCGACCCCAGGGAAGGGCGGCUACGGUGCUACUGCAUGACAGAUGACAAGGUGGACAAGACCCUGGAACAGCACGAGAACUUCGUGGAGGUGGCCCGGAGCAGAGACAUAGAGGUUCUGGAAGGGACACCCCUGUUUGCAGAACUUUCUGGGAACCUGGUGCCCGUCAGAAGGGCUGCCCAGCAGCGAAGCUUCCAGUUCCAGUCCUUUCGGGAGAACCGCCUGGCCAUCCCUGUGAAGGUGAGGGACAGCAGUCGGGAGCCAGCAGGGUUCCUGUCCUUCCUGCGAAAAGCAAUGAAGUACGAGGACACCCAGCACAUCCUCUGCCACCUGAACGUCGCCAUGCCCCCCUGGAGCAAGGGGACCGGAGCGGAGGACAGGAGGAGGACCCCGACACCCCUGACCCUCCGGUACAGCGUGCUCAGCGAGUCGGCACUCGGUUUCCCCAGCGGCACAGACGGAGCCGACCUGAAGGUGGCCAUCAUAACAGAGCACCUUGGCCUCAGCUGGGCAGAACUGGCCCGGGAGCUGCAGUUCAGCGUGGAGGAAAUCAACAGGAUCCGAGUGGAAAACCCCAACUCCUUGUGGGAGCAGAGCGCGGCCUUGCUGAGCCUCUGGGCUGCCCGGGAAGGCGAAAAUGCAAAAAUGGAAAACCUGUACGCAGCCCUGCGCAACAUCGACCGCAGUGAGAUCGUGAAUAUGCUGGAAGGCUCCAGCAGACAGAGCCGCCACCUCAAGCCAGACGGGCGCCAGGCCGAGCGGGACUACUCACUGUCGCCCUCUCAGAUGAAUGGUGCACUGGACAGGGAUCCCACCCUGGGACCACAGCCACUUUCCUGGGGACCUGAUUGCAACACCGCAGGCAUCAACGACCUGCCAGGCACUGUUCUAGGUGGAAGAGGGAAGUUAGAUCUCAAGGAGACAACAAAACAAAACAAAACUCCUCCUUCUAUCGGGAGAGCCUGUCAGUGGCUCUUAGACAGUUACUCCUCGCUGCAGGACGAGCUGCUGUCCCCUGCCUCCCUGCACUACGCGCUUCCCCCUCCACUGCACGGGGACCAGUACUGGAACGAGGUGGCCGUCAUAGACGCCAUGCCCCUGGCCACCAAGGAGCAUGAUGCCAUGCUGGAGAUGUCUGACAUGCAGGUGUGGUCUGCGGGCCUCACGCCCUCCCUGGUCACUGCUGAGGACUCCUCUCUGGAGUGCAGCAAGGCUGAGGACUCUGACGCCACACAAGAGUGGAAGUUGGAGGGGGCACCCUCAGAGGAAUCACGGGGCCCCGAGCUCGGCUCUCUGGACCUUGUGGAGGACGACACAGUGGAUUCAGAUGCCACAAAUGGCCAUGCAGAUUUGCUUGGCCAGGAGGAAGGUCAGAGGUCAGAAGAGAAGAGGCAGGAGGACUGUGCAAGUGCAGGACAGGACUCAGAGAAUGAAGUGUCUCUUGUUGCAGGCCAGCAGAGGGUGCGAGCUCGAACCACAGUCUCGCCCUCCGUGAGUCGGUUGCUGGAGAGGAACCAGGACAGACCACAAGACUGGGAUUCAGAAGGCUCCAUUGCCUCCUACUUGCAAGACGCAGCCAGAGGCUCCUGGCCAGAGGAGGCCACGCAAGGCCCACGCUCAUUCCAGAUGACAGCGUCCACCACCCAAGGGUCAGAGCACGACAGGGCAUUGAUGUCUGCAGGCGAACACAGGUGGACAGCACAGCCUGAGCCCCAGAGCCCCCAGGCCAGCAGGGAAGGGGGGAUGCGGGCAGCCAGGAGCACCUUCCUGCAGGUGGGACAGGGCAAUGAGCUUCAGAAUAUUCCAGGGGAGCAGGUGACAGAGGAACAAUUCACAGAUGAGCAAGGCAACUUUGUCACCAAGAAGAUCAUCCGCAAAGUUGUUCGGCAGAUAGACUCAUCUGGUGCCGACGACACCCAGGAACACGAGGAGGUGAUUGUUGGGAGUCCCCUGGAGGACACUAGUGUGCUGGAAACCGACCCCGAUUUCAUUACAAAACUUGACAAGGUGGAGGUGAGAGGGAGUGGCCUACAGCCGGACCCGAUAGAGGGCAGAAAGGGGGCUCAGAUAGUGAAGCGGGCCAGCCUGAAGCGGGGCAAACAAUGAUCUCAAGCCUCUCUUCUUGGAGCAGCCUCUCAGGAGGAUCACACCUCAACACCCAACCCCUGACUCCACACAGUCUGCCACGCACACAGGAGGAGCGCUGGACUGGAGGCGACGGGCUGCCCAUGCCCCGCUAGGCUCUGGCACGAGCUCUGUGAGGGACCCCUUUCGUCUCCUGCCGCAUGACACUGGCUGUAGACUCUGCAUGACCUACAGUCCGCAAUCCUGCCCUAGCGACCCCGGAUCUGUCAGCAAGGGGAGGGGAGAGGGGAGAGAAGGGACAAUCAGCGCAAGAGAGAGCACAUGAGAGGGAGCGCGAAUGCAAAGGGCUCUUUUGUGGCUGGGGAUGGUUUGGGGUUUUUUAAAAAAAUUAUUUUGAUUUUUGACUUCGUACAGGGUACUAUUUUUCAACUUCAUCUGUAAGAAAUCUAUGUGGGCUUCCUGGAAAGAAGGAAAAGCUAGGCAUGAAAUCAGUUUAGCACCUUGAUGUCCGUGGCCAUCAGCUCUCUCGGACCACACUCACCUCCACCCCCUCUGCCCAGGGGCAGCCCCAGAGCCUACAGACCUCUGGGAUGGGAAUUGUCCAGUGUGCAGCCUACAGGCUGAUUUCACUGUGGCCUCUGAAGCCGUGUACACUUCCCCGUGGACAAACUGGGAUUUUUCUACUCUCCCCCUGCUGCCAGUUUCAGUAUUAAUUAUCUUCUAAUGGAAAAUCAUCACCCUGAGCUUGAGUUGGGGUACCUUGUGUUAGGCACUUAGGAGUCAGAGGCGGGACCCCAGUCUUAGCUGAGGGCUCAGAGUAGCUAGGGCCCCAUGCAGAAGGUCUCAGCGGGAGAAGGGCCAGUGGCCGCCGAGACCGCACCAGCAUGGCCAUAAAGAAGAGGUUUUCUAUAUCUGCAAGCACUUCUAUCGUAGUCCGUGUUCCAAGUAUAAACUGUACAGUAAUCAGCCUUGUGUAUAUGAAAAACAAUAAAUACUAUGCAAACCACUAGAAACACUUAGCAGUACGUGCGAAGCACUUAACAACAGCUCAGCUCCCAAGACUUCUCCAGCCUGCGGGGAAGGAGCUACAGGCUGUCUUUCAGUGAAAGCAGGAGGGUAGGGCUAGGGAAUGUAGCCGCCCGUUCCCAGCCGCCGGGCCACCGAGGUCUCCCGGAGCCAACUUGGUGCUCAAGCGCAGGCAGCCGGCGGGCUAGGCAGGGGUGCGGUCCGGCGGAG